AUUCGAAGCCAGGUUCGGAGGUUCCUCAUUCGGACCCUAUUGCCGCAGAUCCGAGCGCCUAGCCCCGCCCGCCGAUGGAUACCGUCGGCGCCGGCGUCGGAUCGUGGGACACGGAGCUCGCGUGGCACCUCCUCACCGUGCUCCUCCGCAUCGGCCGCCCCGCCGCCGCCACCGAGCUCGCCGCCACCGUGGCGUCGACGGCGAGCUACGUGACGCCGCAGCUCGUCGAGCGGCUGUGCCUCGCCCCAAGGUCCCCGCUCCGCUCCUCCGACGGCGUGGUGACUGUUUCGGAGACGGCCGCCGUGGCGUUCCUGAGAUUCAUGGGAUGCGAUGUGCCGGCGCGGCCUGUGGCGGGAUUGGGGGCCUCCGGUGCAGAUUCGGCAGAACAGCAGCAGCAGCAGCAGCUGAUUGUGCAAACCUCUUCUUCAGUCGCUACUGGAGAGUCUCCUACUCACACCAAAGAAGAACCUGUAUUACAUGAAAUGAGAGAAACUUCAUGUCAACCAUCUCUGGACAAAAAAGUUGAGCCGGCAGCAUUGCCAUUAGAAGUGACGAGCUACGAUGGUGUUAACAAUAGCAACUUGAACAUUAUUGCUGAAAAUGUGGAAAUCACUGAUCAGAAUGGCAAUGAGCAGCCACAUAAUGAAGUGAGUACGGAUUUUCCAAAGGAGCAGGAUAAAAAGAUUGUGAAGCGCAAGAAAAAGGAUGCAGUACCCAACGAAGAUAAAGAUCAAGUUGCAGAAACUGCUCAAAAGGUGGCCAAAAAAGUUGACCUGGCAGCAUUGCCAUUAGAUAAAAAGAAUGUAAAGAAUAAGGAGAAGCACAAGAAAAAUGAAGCACUACCCAAAGAAGAUAAGAAUCAAGUUGCAGAAACUGCUCAAAAGGGUCAUUCAGAGCCAAACCCACUGCCUAGCUUCAAACAUUUUGUUGUAGAAGAGGAAGUAGGGUCAGGUUAUGGUAUUGUUUAUAGGGCUCGAAGGAAAGAAGAUGGACGUGUAUUCGCCAUAAAAUGCCCUCGUGGAAAAGCUCAUUCACAUGUUGACAAUGAACGAAAGAUGUUGGAACGAUUUGGAGGCAAGAACUUUGUGAUUAAAUUUGAAGGCUGUUUUAGGAGUGGUGACCUGGAUUGCUUUGUUCUACAACACAUAAAUCAUGACAGACCGGAGAAUCUGAAAAAAGAAAUAGAUUUGUUUGAGUUGCAGUGGUAUGGGUAUUGUCUGUUAAAAGCUCUUUCAAGCUUACAUAAACAGGGAAUAGUGCAUAGAGAUGUCAAACCUGGAAACUUCCUCUUCUCUCGUGACCAGACAAAGGGAUAUCUUAUUGACUUCAACUUGGCAAAUGAUCUUCACCAACAGUUAUUGAGAAACAGUAAGUUGGAGGUAAUUUCACGCGGGAAGGAUAUCACAUCUCAAUCUUCAUUGAAGUCUGCUCUAGUGAUUCAUGACAAUGAAGCAGCAGCUGGCUCAAAACAACCUCUUGGGUCCAAGAGGAAAAGAUCAAAUAAAAUCCCUGUGUGCAGCGACCCUAGGGUUGAUAAUAAGAGUAUGUAUGGUAGCCAAGCUGCUGAUGGAUCUGGUGUAACCUCUGCCAAAGAUGCUACAAGCACGAAAGCAUCAUUGGACAGGUUAAAGCAGCCCCUAUACAAAGGGCAGAAAGAGCUAAUGAACUUGAAUGAGGUGCAAAGUCCAAACGAAAAUACACCAGCAGCUCCAGUUUCCCAAAGGAAGAGGGUGGCUGCUCCUGUUGGUAGUGUGGAUCAGAAGCUAUUUCUACUCACACCAAUGCCCCUGCGUUCUGGUGGUAGUGCUGUUGCCGGUUCUGGCGUGUUUAACAGCAAAGGACAUGGCAAACAGCGAAGAGAAGGUCCAUGUGUCGGAACUAAAGGAUUCCGAGCUCCAGAGGUUCUUCUAAGAUCUUCUCAUCAGGGUUGUAAAGUCGAUGUCUGGUCUGCUGGUGUGACACUCCUGUAUUUGAUAACUGGCAAAACACCUUUUGGCGGAGACCCGGAACAGAACAUGAAGGAAAUAGUGAAGCUCAGAGGCAGCCAAGAAUUAUGGGAAGUAGCGAAAUUGCACAACUGUGAAUCUUCAUACCCAUCGGAGUUAUUCGAGGCCAAAUUUCUACAGUCGGUGGAUCUCAGGACAUGGUGCGUUGCCAACGCCCGCAGGCCAGAGUUCCUCAAGCAGUUACCUGACUCGCUGUUCGAUCUCGUGGACAAGUGCCUCGCAGUUAACCCGAGGUGCAGGAUCACUUCGGAGGAUGCUCUGUUGCACGAGUUCUUCACUCCAUGCCAUGAAAGCCUUAAGAGGCAGAAGAGUAAGGCUCUUAAGAUUAGAGGGUUAGCUGGCUAAGGCGAGCAAGUCGUAGCGCUCGCCUUUGACAUUUUGACUUGUUAUAGCCUAUCUAAGCUGAUGCUGACAACCGAGUGCGUGCCAAUAGCCUGCCUAUUUACCCCCUCUUGUAAAUGAUGUACUUAGAGCAUCUCUAGCAGAGCUCGUAAACUGAGCAAAAUCGAAUAAUAACAGCCGAUUUACGGGUUCA